GGCGGCAGGGAGGAGAGGAGCCCGCGGAGGCGCCUCCGCUCUUGCUGCUCAGAAGUUAGCGGGGGGACGUGAGGUAGGGGGAGAAGGAGAGCGGGCAGCCGGAGGACGGACGGAGUUGGCAGGUUUGUUGUAAACUGCUUAAAACAGCUAUGACACCUGCUCUCCAAGAGAAAACAAUGAAAGGUCAUGGUAUCUACUUAUCACCUUCCUUGUCUUCAAGAGCUAUGGAGUCCAAUGAAACACUAGGCAUGGGAAAUACCAGACCAGUAAAAGAGAAGAUAGCAGAUGAUUCUGUAACAAAAAUUACUUGCUCUGUGCUGGGGUUUCCCACACCUCAGACCAACCAUAGCACUGAUUGCUUUAAUUUAAAGUAUUUUGAUUCUCAGUCCUCUAAGCAUUAUCCUUUAUUAAUGAGCAACAAUUCAACUUUCAGUGUAAACAACAAAAAUUGUAUGCAGAGGAACUCAGAAGAGCAUAAUUGCUCCAAGAUGAGAAAUCCAUUAUGUAACAGCACUAAUACACACUUCAGUCAAAUGAUUAAUUCCGACUCUGGGGAGCAGAUCAGAGGGGAAACUUUAUCAGGGGCAACAAAGAGCUUUCCAGAAAUGGGGAGACUACUGGAUUCAUGUUCAACUGAAUCCAGUAAUGCAGAAGAAAGACAGCUUCCUAACUGUAAACGGUAUCGGAAGAAUGGUUUAUUUGGCAAGGCCUUAUUUGUAAAUCCUGGGACCAAAAAAGGAGAAUUAUUCCAUCAAGAACACCGUGAUGCCCCGGAAGCAACAAUGAACUGCAGCCCCAAAUGUAAAGAACAAGAAUUGAAUUUUCGUUUACUUCAAUGUGUAAACAAGCAACAGGUUUUGCUCAGCCGAGCCAAAAGAACUCAGAAACAUUUGCAAAUUCUCUUGGCAAAGCAUGUUGUCAAACACUGUGACCAACAGAUGAAAUGCUUUGUGAGACAUCAGUUACAGAAAAUGAAAGCUUUCCAUGAUCCAACCAGUGUUUUUGGUGGCAGUUAUCAUAGAUGCACCUCAAUUAAAACUGAAAACAACUAUCUAGAGACGAAUACGUAUAAAGAAUUGCUGCAUGAUUUUGGUAUUGCACCUGGUGAAAUCAAGGCAUUUGCUCAUUCAGCAUCAGGAGUCUUGUCUCAUGUGGAAGAGAGUUUGGAUUCUGAGGCCACUUGUAGCAGCUCAAGUGAAGAUGAUGAUGAGCAGAUUUCUAGAAAAGUUGUGCCAGUUAACUAUAGAUCUGACUGGAAAUGGCUGGUAGACAGAGCCAAAAUUGGCUGCCGCUGGACGUGGCUUCAAGCCCAGAUUUCGGAGCUAGAAUACAAAAUCCAGCAACUCACUGACCUUCACAGGCAGAUCCGUGCCACCAAGGGAAUGGUGAUCUUAGAAGAAUUUUCAAUUCCAAAGGAUGUCUUGAAGAAGCGAACACAAUUGACAGACCAAGAAGCUUUAUUAAACACCACAGGGAAUUCUCAAGCCCCACUUGAAAGGCAGGAUGCUUGGCCGGAACAUGAUUUUGAAAUGUCACCCAGCAGUCCAACUCUGCUUCUUCGUAACAUAGAAAAACAGAGUGCUCAGCUGAGUGAAAUCAUCAGCAGCCUGAUUGCUCCCCUUAAUCUGUCUCCCACAUCCUCUCCUCUCUCCUCAAAGCCCUAUAAGCAGAAAGAGCUGGUCAAUGGAAUCUCUUUAAGAGAUUCCGAGAACAAUGAGGAAAUUUCAUCUUCCAACAGUUGGUUGGUUGACCAGCAACACCUGAAGAGAAGAAAGAAAGACAAGAUGAAGCUGAGAACCUCACCUGUUGCCACAAUGAGCACAUCUGCUCGGACUAGACCACUUCAGAGUUUCCGGAGGAGAAAACUGUACAAAAUGAGCACCGCUUUCAGUUCAAACCAACAGGCUAUGCAACUGAAAGAUCCCUUGUUUAACACCGAAGAGGUAGUUCCAGGUUCCACAUGGAGUAGUUAUGAGUUUAACACCCAAUUCAGGUCACAAAGGCAAUUCAUGUUAGAACUGGACACUUCAUUCCAUCCUGUCUUAUCAUUUCCUUCAGAUAUUCCACUUCAUAUACAUUUUAAAACAUUGCUCAAGAAGUAUGAGAUCAAAGGCAAUCCUUUUGAAACUUCUGCUAUUGGUUUAGAGUUUAAAAUGUCUCCAUCAAAUGAAUAUUGUCAGUAUAAAGCUCCUUCUCGAGAGUGGAGCUGUGGAUAUACAUCUAGUUCCAAACAUCAAGCUAUGGCAGAAAUGCCUGAACAAUUACCAGAAGGAAGAAAGAAAAGACAUUUAGGUGAGACAGUGACUGGAGAAAGUAACAAUAGAUGUGAAGCCUUUUCUUUUCAGCAUGAAGAACAGGAAUCCCAUAGUCAUUUUGCAGGAGCAGCCAAUGGCGACACGAUAUCUAGAUCAAGUCACAGUACCACAUCACAGAUCAAUUUAAGACGGCGGCUGAGAAGUGAGAGCUCCUAUGAUAUAGAUAAUAUUGUUAUCCCUAUGUCGCUGGUUGCACCAUCUAAGUUGGAAAAGCUACAGUAUAAAGAAAUUCUCACUCCAAGCUGGAGAAUUGUUAGCCUUGAGCCUUUGGGAAGUCUACAUAAGGAUGAAGAAAAGGCAGAAGACCUGUCCGAUGAUGUCUAUGCUGCACGUCAUGCAAAUUAUGAAGACAAAGAGCGAGCGCGAUGGUCACUGUGGGAGCAAUGCCGAUGGCCCAGAAGGAACAGAUCAUAUAGCAGAACUUCUGAAGGACAAGAUCAAGCACUGAAAGAAAAGCUAGUCAACUCUGAUUUAAUAGCUCCCCAUUUGUCUGAAAACACUGCUGACGUUACUUCAGAAAUCUACAGUUCUCCGUACUUGGAACCAUUGCAGUCUUUGGAAAGAAUCCAAGAAGCAACGUCUAUUUUGUGGGAACUUCGGACUUUUCCACUGAAGGAUAAAGAAGCAGAGGCUUUAAUAUGCCAGCAUUCAAUAACAGCUCAGCAAGAAAGUUCAAAUGUGACCAUUCUCAGUGACUCUGAAUGUACCUCAUAUGCUGCCUUCAAUUUUCCAAAUAGUAAUCAGCCACAAAAGAAAAGUUCUGCUGAUGAGCUGGAAGAGUGCAAUCAAGUUUACUUGGGAAUUGGCAGCAUGAGAAAACAGACGUGACGGAAAAUAAGGGGGUUCACUAAGAAAGCUAACCAGGGUGAAGGAAUGUAUAAGGCAGGAUAAGAAUCCAAGAGCAGUUUCUUUUUAUCCCAACUACAAGAAGAAUGUUUUCAAUCUAGAUGCAUACCAGAAGGGGAUAUUCUUAAACUGCAACCGCCAUUUGGUGCCACAUCUUGAAAAACUGGAAGGAUAAAUAUUUUUAAGUGUAUGUAUGGUUGCAGUGCAGCAGAGUAUGCUUUCCCCCCCUGCUGAGCAAUGCAACAACCUCAGCUCAACACAGAAAAAGCAAUCCAACCAGCCAGUUUGUGUGAGUGGUAUAAGUAUACAAGUAUACUGUCCCCCUUUAAGGAAAACGUUUUGUCCAGUAAAGAAUCAGCCAUUUGUAAAUUUGAUGAUGUGAAUAUAUGGUUAUUCAGUUCUCUCACUAGAGAGACACCAAAAACUGUACAUGAGGUAAAGUCAAUUUUAAAUAAUUGAUUUUCUGUAUUUCACAGUGGAUCCCCGUUUCAUUCUUGAUCAGAAGGAAUGGAAAGGAUUGAGAAAUCUGAAUACUUCACUAGGGAAACUAUUUACUAUUUUUACCACAACAUAUUUAAAACCCUUUCUAGCCCUACAAAAACUGUGUACUCUUGUUAUAUUUGAGCAGGUUGUGAGGAUCCAUUCCAUGCCUUGAGGCAUUUUAAAAAUAUCCCCCCUAAAGUGCUUGUAUAAAUGUCAACAUUACAAACAAGGCAGUAGUCAUAUUCUUGAUACAGAGAGAAAACCAAGUUAUUUUCAUCUUCAAAUUUUAAAAUGCUGUGUUUGGAAUGUUAUCUGUAUCGUCCCAGCGACGCCUGGUGUACAAAAGUAGUGUAGGAUUGUCACCUGCUUUCAGUGAUGCCAAUAGUGUGUACUCUGUGAAGAAGAUGGCUCUUCUUUGAGAAACUGUUGAUCAUUGUUAAGCAAAGUUUUAUUCAUUGUCAUGUCCAAAGCUAAGCUAUGAUGGGUAGAUGGCCCCAUUUUUAGUAUCCCUUCCCUUCCAAAUGGACUGGAAGUACACUGGAUAUUGUAAAAAUGUUCAGUUGCAUUUCAACACUACAGCCUAUGUUAGAUUGUAGUUUAUUGUAAAUUUUGGUUUUAACUUUAAAAAUAUGUUUUAUCCAGAGAAUUAAAUUUGAAUCUUGCCUCUGAUAUAGCAAUUUUCAUUGCAAGGUUUUAAAAUUAAAAGUUAUUUCUGUA